GAGGAGAAGAAGGUAGGCUGAGCUGAGGCAUCAUUUUUUGUGCUAUAAAAAUAAUUAUUGAGUUAUUUGUGUCACAAGAAGUCAUAAAGUUGUAGUGGGAGACUGGGAGCGCCCGGCACUUCUAGUUCUACUCUUUUACGAAUUUACUUUAAUUUAUUCGAACGUUUAUUUAAAUACGGUACACACGGCACAGCAAAGCAAAGACAUUGAGAAAAUAAUUGCGAGCCCACAUAUUAAGUUUUGUGUUUGUGACUUUUUUGUGUCUCUUUCGGCGUGUUUCGACAUGUUCGACUAGAAUUCUACACUGACUACACUCACUAGUACGAGGUUAGACUACAGAGACUCGUUAAAAGUAUUUGAAUGCAGGCAGAACCUUUAUGAUGCUGCAAGUCCAUUGUGAUCCAGUAUGAGCUGGAAAAACACCAUUCUCAAGUGAAUUUAUGAGAUUGACUCCAAGAAACAUCAGAGAACAUUGACUCUUAGUGUGUCUUUCUAAUCAAACUCCAAGAUGCCUUCAGCCAUCUCUCAGUCACCAGAGUAUCUUAGCUUCAGAAGUUCAGUGCCUCAGAAAAGGGUGGUGGUGGAUGAUGAUGCUGAUAAAUACUGGACAAUGUAUGAUGCUGGUCCAAGGAAUGUCAGAUGCCCGUUGAUCUGUCUCCCUCCAGUCAGCGGCACAGCUGAUGUGUACUUCAAACAGAUUCUUGGCCUGACUGCCAAAGGCUUCAGGGUUAUAGGGUUGGAAUUCCCUGUACAUUGGACGGUUCAGGAGUUUUGUGAAAGCUUCAGGAAGUUGUUGGAUCAUAUGCAUUUAGACAAGGUUCAUAUUUUUGGUUCAUCGCUUGGUGGUUAUCUUUGCCAGAAGUUUGCAGAGUAUACAUUCCGUAGUCAGAGAGUAGCCUCCCUCAUUCUUUGCAACACAUUCACUGACACAGAGAUAUUCCAACAAAGCAUGGCUGCAUCGUCGUUUUGGAUGAUUCCUGGUUUUCUGCUGAAGAAGAUGGUCUUAUCAAGCUUCAACAAAUCCCUGAUGGAGCCACAGAUAGCUGACUCAAUAGAUUUCAUGGUGGAAAAGCUUGAUGGUUUGAGGCAGCAGGAGCUUGCUAGUCGACUCACCCUCAAUUGUCUCAGUUCUUACGUUGAACCACAAAAACUCAGAGGGGUUGAUGUCACAAUCAUAGAUGUUUAUGAUGAAUGUGCCUUAACACAAGAAGUGCGUGAUGACAUGUACAAGUGCUACCCUGAAGGACGGAGGGCCCAUAUGAAGUAUGGAGGAAAUUUUCCUUAUCUCUGUGCCAGCGAUGAAGUCAAUCUACAUCUUGAGAUUCAUUUGAGAAGGUUUCUUGAUAGCCGUUUCAGCGCAAGAGAUCAUGCCAUUAAGGAACCCAAGCCUGAAUUAGCCUCAGAGGCUGCAUCCACAUCUCAGAACAACGCGGGGUCAAGCGGUGAAGCGGAAGCCUCUGAAAUGUGAACAUGCCUUUUGCAGAAGACUCUGUGUAUUUGAUUUUGAAGUACCGAAGCAAGUGUGUCCAUAUUAAUCCUUCAGGUUUUAGCUGGUUAGUGAACAUCAUUCGAAGAAAUUUAAACAUGCUUCCUUUAUACUUUAUAGAAGAACGUCUUUUGGCACGAAGAGAGAAUCAGUUUUCUGGUGCAGAAGGCAUGGCGACUUCCAAGAGAGUGAACAUCUUUGUAGUUCAUAACUGAAUUCAAGUCUUAAAAUCAGUCUUACAUAAACUCACCCAUGCAGACUCUGACAGCAAUAUUUCAGCUGUUAUGAAGAGAGAGACAUUCAUUAAAUCUUCCUACAUGAUUGGAUGAGGUCAGCAGGAAGCCCUGAAUGAUUUGAGAGUUGAUAAUCAAUAAGAAGAAGAAUCUAUUUUUGACAUUUCCUUGUCAUAUCUUCAUCCAAUUAUGGAUGAAUUGUGUCUUUCUGUGUUUCAUGUUAUGAUGACAUAAUGUUUAAUCAAGUAUUUAUGCCAUGACAUUCAUACAUUUUCUAUUAACAAUAUUAACUACAAUUUACAUCUAAAAUUGAAAUAUUAUAGCAUGAUCAUUAGAACCUUGACAUUUGUUUUGCUAUAGCAGAAAUUUAUUAUCUUUGUAAUGUACAUCUCUGAAUUGAAAAUAUGCAAUGUAAAGUUCAAGGUCCAUGCAUAUUGUUAUGAUUGUGUUGUGAGCUAAGUAAUCUAUUGUCUUGAUUUCUCAUUGCUGGAAUACUCCCAGGAGUGGGUAUUGUGCAUACAUGUACACUGUAUGCAGGCAAGCCAGAAUCUAAUGAUUAGAGCACAUCUGGGCCCGUCUUACAAAGAGUUACAAUUGAUCCAAUCAAUCGUAACUCAAUGGAAAUCCAUUAGUUUCAUAAUUUUUUCUACAGGAAAUGUCCUUUGUAAACAAAGAGAAGCACAGUGAAUUUUCAAGAAAACAAUUAAUGCAUGAAUAUACAUCAUAGCUGGAAAAUAUUUUAAACAAAUAUGCAUAAUAGAUGUUGACUGGCCACCCGUAGAUUCGAUUGAUCGGAUCAAUCGCAACUCUUUGUAAGACGGGCCCCUGGAAUGUAUUUUCAUACAUUGUUUUUUUCAAUAAAUGUUGACAUGUUGUUUUCUUUUUAAUCAACAUUUUCGUCUCUCUAAGCAGAACUGAGAUCAUUAGAGACCCCCUCUCCUUGAUGCUUAUAUUGAAACACACUCUACUUUAUUACUGUCGACUUUCCCGUAAUAUACAUAUAGUUCGAGUAUGAGCAAGGAAAGUUCAUUUAUGUAAUAAUCAAGAUUGUAAAGUUGCUACUGAUAUGAUUUAAGUUGUGUGCAAUGAAAAGAUGAGAGAAUGGGCAAGUACGGUGGAGUAUUAUUUUUUGUAUGUGAUAGAAAAUAAGGAAAUCUCAAGAGUGAUUGGUAGAGUAUUGUUUAUAUGUAUUAAUCAUAUUCAUAGAUAAGAUAUACAUGAACAAUGAAUUCUCCAGAAUGAUUGGUAGAGUAUUGUUUAUAUGCAUAAAUCAUAUAUCCAUAGAUAAGAUAUACAUGUAUGUAAUUGAUAUUCAUCUGUUAGAUGAGGGAAUUUUGGAAGCCUGGCUAAAGCUUUGUUAAAGGGCCAUUUAAAUAAUGUGAAAUAUAAGUCAAGGAUUUCAUCUGACUUUCUAAUCAUAAACAAGUUUAGUGUCUUUUUUUCUGCCAUUAAAAUUGAAAUUUGACAUUGCUUCAUUUCCAGCACCCUCUUUCUGCAAUGUUUCUAAUUUUCUUUACUGAAAAGAGCUAUUUGACCACCUUUUUAUUUACAUAUCUAGCAAAUGGACAUCAGGAAGCCACAAACGAUGAUAUCCUGGAAUUUUCAGCUCAUUUCAUGCAUUGGAAUGGGUUUUAUAUUAAAAAAGGCGAAAAAUACCAUUUUAUUUUGAUGUUUGAAAGUCAUUUGUGAUUCCAUUCUUUAGCUUUAUCCGCAUUGUGCUGCACUCGGCCCAGGUGAGGUAAAUGGGUACCCGGAAGGAAUUAAUUAAUUGUGGGGGCGUUGUGGUCUAGUGGUUAUGACUCUCGUCUUUCAAUCUGAGGAACGUGGGUUCGAUUCCCAACCAAGGCGUGUUUUCCUUCAGCAAGAAAUUUACCCUCAUUGUGCUUCACUCAAUCCGGGUGAGAUGAAUGGGUACCCGUUAGGAAGAAAUUCCUUGAAUGAUAAAUUGUAAUGUGCAGUUCAGUAUAUACAUAUAGAAAUUGCGCAAUAUAGAUGUACAAUUAUUAUUAUUAAAGCGUGUGCGCUGCAAGUAAAAACGGCUGCCAAGCUAAAGCUGGGGUAAUAAUAUCCAAGUCCUUUGGAAACGCAUAGAGACGUUAUAUUCAUAAGGUGAUAUGCGCUAUACAAGAACUGUUUAUUAUUAGAUGUUGUAUUAUUAUUUAGUAGUAACUAUGCUUUAUGUUUUCUAAACCAUAUAUCCUUUACUUGCUUUAUUUUUGCCUGCCUUAAAAUCACGGCAUUAGAAUUUACCACAUGUACAUUAAAGUGACCUUAAUAUGAACAUAAAUCUGGUUUAAAAAAAAACUUUCAUGUUCAGUGUGUGUUUGAUGAAUGACUUUGGAAUCAGAUUUGAUGAUUUUUGUAAGUGGAUUUAAUUUGUAAAUGUAUGCUCAUAUCUGCAUUUGUAUUUUUCAUAUAUUAAUUUGUUUACCGCUUGGGCAUGCCCAUUCCAAGGAUAAUAUACCUUAAAGCAUAUGUUCACGUUUUUGCUGAAACUUCAUUUAUAUUCAUAUGUAAGAGAAAAACUGAGAAUCAUUAAUAUAAAUUUUAAAUUACAUUUAUACAACAAAGAUAGGAAGUAUUAUAUAUUUUGUAAAUAGUCAAUUAUAUAUUAUAUGUUAUGAAUUUCCAUUGAACAGUACAUGGUAUGAAUGUUAGAUAUCCCCCAUGGAUCUGAAAUGCAAAAGUACUUUGUGUUUAUGAUAUAAAGUUGUAGGAUUGUAUCACUUGCACCAUGAAAUGGUAUUAUUAUUGCUAUUAUGUUAAGCCCUGCUUCGUUUAUCUCGUCAUCCAGGGCUCCAUAUUUGUCUUAUAUAUCUAAGGCAAUUUUUCAAGGGGGCAUUUUCUUCUCAAGUAUUGUUAAAAUAUAGGGUUUUUUUUAUUUGAGAGUCAAAUUAAAAGAUAGUCAACAAAAAAUCUCCUCACAACAUCUUUACACUUAUUUAGCCAGCCCAUCCACCAAAUACCUCCAAUAAAUUGCCAAAUUUAAGUUUUCUCUUCUUAGUUCAGGUGCUAAGAUUUCCAUUGGUAAUGUGACCCAUCUUGAUUGGUUGUUACAAAAUUACCCUCAGUUACAACCUUUUCUUCACUGCCUCAAAAAGGCUGUUUAAUUCUUUGAAAAAAUUCUUUCUUUCACAGGAAUAAAACAAAGCCAUGAUGAUUUGAAGUAAUGCGACUUUGGACAGCAAAAUAAGUCAUUUUAUAAUUGCUAAAGUGUUUUGGGAUGAAUUUUUACCCCUAGCUGUGAGACAUGAUAUGUUGUUUUAAUUCUAGAGCAUGUGGCUUGUUGGUGACUGAGGAUGGUGGGUUACAAAUCUGUAUUUUCCCACAGAAAUAUAUAUUUGAAUUUAUAUGUAAUUGUUGCAUAAUUCCAGUAAAAAAUAUUUUGGGCAUAUAAAAUGAAUGACACAACUCUCCAGGUAUGUGUUAAUGUAGGUUUGGAGAAAAAAAAAGGAAUGUAUCUAUCGCAUCCAGUUUCCAUUACUUCAGCAUAGUGUGUAUGAGACAUAUCGUCAUACUUUUAGUCGUUAUUGGUUUUGAUACUGAUAUCUUUAAAAAAAAAUGUUUCAUCACUUAUUAGUUUAUUCCCCAACAUGUUUAUUCCCAAUUUUUCAUUAGCAGAACAGAGAAUAUAAGUUUGGGGUUAGUAUUGAUGAUAAUAUUUCUAUGUGAAGUGAAUGCUAUAAUAAUCAAAGACAUGUAUUUAGCACUAGUUUCAAUCGGGUGGGUGUUUUGUUAAUCUGUUUGUAAGAUCAGAGCAACUUUAAGAACGACUGGUGAACCUCUCUUACAUGUAAACGCUAAAUAAUCACUAAGGAUCAUUUAAUGGUGAAUAUGAUUUAGCACAAGAAAGGAUCACCGGUCGUUCUUAAAGUCGCUAUUACCUUGUGAACAGCUUUAUGAAAUGGCCCCCAGGUAUAUUAGUGUCUUACUUAAGUAGUCUUAUCUUAAUAUACUGUCUUCAUCAGUUUCAUCACAUGUCAGUAAAAUGUGUAUCAUUCUUUGACUAUCAACAUGAACAAUUAGCACUUUGGUACGCUGCCUGGUGUACUUUCGUAUAAAUGUACAUCCAUUAUCCAUACGCAUAAAGUGUUCUUUACAGUCAUGCACAUUAGUGCGUUUAUAUUAUAUUUGAUGCAUAUUUUGUCAUUCCCAGAAUUUUGUAAUAAAUGCAUAAUACUCAAACGUAA